CUCCCAUCUGCAGUUCAGGGCUGAGCUUAAGAGUUUUUCUUGAGGGUUACAUUACAGGUGACAACCAAGCUAGAAAAUGAAGUCGCAUAUGAUGGGUUUCUAUGCAGUUCUGCUGCUGUGGCUUCUGUUCUCAUCCUCAACGCAAGCACGGAAUGAUUUUAUUGGAUCAGGCUGUCUAACUACUAAAGAUACUAGAGUUCAUCAGAAGAAUCUAGUUAGAUAUAAACUCCAGCACAAACCCUUGUUCCAUAUCGAUGCUGUGAGAUUUCUUACAAUCAGUGGGAAAGUAAUCUGCUCGAAUCCCUCCUCACCAUGGGCCAUAAAAUCAAUGAAGUACCUGGAUGCAAAGAACAAACCUCGGUCAGUACCAAACAAAACAGCUCGUCAUUCUGUGACUGGUUCCUCAGAAAAUGUCAACCACAAAUACAGCAUCAGCUCAGAGGUAACAUGAUAAACAGACAAUAAAUUAUCUUGUAUGUAAUAAAAGAAAGCAGUUUUCCAUUAAAAUGUACUGCAAAGUUUUAAAAAAACUUUGCGCUAUUGCAAUUUAUUACCCUUUUUAUCCAUUUUUAAUUACUCCUCCAGUGGACACACAACACAAAAAAAACAACAAAAAAAAAACAGAAAAUAAGACACAAUUUCCCAUCUCAAGUACCAAAUCACCAGAGCAGGACUGGAGAGGCUCUUCUGAAGCC